AUGUUGACAUCAAAAUUUUCUUCAUCUUCCAACAUCUACAGUACUUUCAUCCUCUUAUCUCUUCUACUCAAUAUUAUUUCUCUAUGUUCAUCGAUCGUACUACCUACUACCCUAAUCCUUCCAGUCACCAAAGACUCAUCAACCCUACAAUACAUUACUGUAAUAGGGCAAAGAACUCCUUUAAUACCCGUAAACUUCACAGUCCACCUCGGCAGUGCAAGCUUAUUGGUGGACUGUGAAAGUGGUUACAAUAGUUCAACUUACAAACCAGUUCUUUGUGAGUCCAAACAAUGUUCUUUUGCCAAGGCUGAGUAUAAUGCCUGUGGAAGCCUCUGCCUAUCUAAACCGCGGCCUGGAUGCAACAACAAUACUUGCCAUACUCUUGAUGGAAAUCCCAUUACUGAUACGUAUACAGGUGCAGAACUUGCUGAGGAUGUGUUGGCUAUUGGUUCAAAGCCAGUCGUCCUUGUCUCUCAGCCAAAGUUUAUUUUCACUUGCAUUAGGUCUUUUAUUAUGACACAUCUCGCCAAAGGAGUUACAGGAAUUGCAGGUUUUGGACACAAUAGUACAAUAUCCAUUCCUAAUCAACUUGCUUCAUUAGACUCAAAAUUCACCAAUAAGUUUGGUAUUUGCUUAAGCUCAUCUACUACAAGAUCUAGUGGAGUUAUUUUCAUUGGUUCUACUCCAUAUUAUGUUUACAAUCCUAUGAUUGAUAUCUCCAAGAAUCUUGUCUACACCCCACUAGUCAAAAAUACCUUUACCACUUCAAAGUUUUCAGAGUACCAUGUCAAAGUUUCAUCCAUUCAAAUCGCGGGAAAAAAUGUGCCAUUAAAUAAAACAUUGUUAUCUAUUAAGAAAGGACUUGGUGGAACAAGAAUCAGCACAACGACAGCUUUCACAAUCUUACACACUACCAUUUACGAUGUUGUUAAAACUGCUUUCAUCAACGCGCUUCCUAAGAAUGUGACAAUUGUAGAGCCUCCUACGAAACAAUUUGGACUUUGCUUUAGUUCAAAAAACAUUAGAAACACAAAUGUUGGACCAGAUGUUCCUGUGAUCGAUAUUGUUUUUCACAAGAAGAGUGCAUUUUGGAGAAUUUAUGGAGCAAAUUCAGUGGUACAAGUUAAUAAGGAUGUUAUGUGUUUAGCAUUUGUGGGACAAGAUCAAACAAGGGCACCAUCAAUUGAGAUAGGAGGAUAUCAAUUGGAAGAGAACCUCUUGAUAUUUGACCUUCCACAAAAGAAGAUAGGUUUUAGCUCUUCACUCAAACUUCAACAAACAUCAUGUUCUAAGUACGAAAAAACAUCAUGA